AUGUGUAUCUCCCAAACAGUUUUCAAAUUCCUCAGUAGCCAAAAGAAAGCAAUUGGUUACAGUUUGAUGGGACUGCUAACAGUGGGAAGUGAGCAUUUGUUUUCUCUUUCUGCAUUUAAAUGUCCUUGCAGCAACAAAAACUACACGUAUGGGCUGGUGUAUCUCUUUGUCCCAGCCUUGGUACUACUAUUGGUUGGGUUUGCAUUGAACGGCGGUACCUGGCAGCUCUUCACAGGCUGUUGUGUGAAUCCCAGGAAACUAUUUCCCAAGGGGAAGAGCUGCCAUUUUUUUCAUGCUUUCGGCCAGAUCACCUUAAAGGCUUUUGUAGCCCCUGUGAUGUGGCUUUCUGUGGUUUUGCUCAAUGGGACUUUUUAUGAAUGUGCCAUGAGUGGCUCAAAAAAUCUGAAGUACCUGGAGGUGCUUUGCCACAAUAAAUCCAACAAGUGCUUGGAAGAGCUUCCUAAAGUAGCAUGUGGCCAAACUUCCCUGUCCUCUUGGGAGACUGAGGAGAUCCUACUAACACUUCAAGCGGAAUCUCAGGUCGUAGGAUGGUGUGUGAUAGUUUCUGCUGCUUUUCUGUCUUUGUUGAUCACUUGUUAUGGUCACUGCCAAUCUAAUACCAGCCAUCUCCAAAAGAGGUUUUGGAAGAUCUACACUGAGAAGGAGAAGGAACAAUUUGAAAAAUAUUUUGAGGACUAUGCCACCAAAUUGAGCGAACGAAAUCUGAAAAGCUUUUUUGAGAACGAGAAACUGGAAUCCUUUCCCAUGCCAAGUUUCCGGGCCUGGGAAGAAGCUUCUGCUUUGGACUCUUUCAACAUUAACCAGAAGAUCUUCAGCACACUUCAUAAACUAGUGGAAGACAGCAUGAAAGAAUAUGAUUCCAAUGAGGCGCAAGAUACAAUGGUAAACUUAGGUGAAGGAGAAACAGUUUAGCUAAUGUCAGCUUUCAUUAACAUUAUAAUUUAAUAUUCACUACAUUUUUCACUUUUCAGUCUUCAUUUCUGUUUUCCUGGUAAUGACCUGUUUUCUGCCAUAAUUUCUCUCUCCCACCAAACUUCUAUAGCACCUCCUCAGGCAAGAAGGCAAAUGUCUUCUGAGCUCUAAUAGCACAACCCAGGACUCAGUACAGUUCCAUGAGGUCCAUUGUCCUACACAGACUAACCAAAUAGCUUUCCAAGGGAUGUUCCCUCUUCUCUCAUAUGUGUCUACUGUGCUCAUGUUAUUUAAACCAAACAAAUACACCCUUAAUGUUACUGUUUUUCAUAAAUGAAAUUCUAUCAUUGUUCUUUCCUAGAAUUGGGUAUGCAACCGAAAGAAAACCAGUGAAACAGUUUUUGAUACUGUUCAGCUUCAUUAUGCUUGGUACUGAGGCCAGCGCUUACUAAUUUGAAUGUGCUGUCCUUUGUUAACUCCCUUGUCUGCUUCUGCAUACAUCUUGAAAGGAGUUAAAGUGUUGCAAAUGUGGAGCAGUCAGUGUACAUUGGGCUUGAUCCUUCACCACUGAUGUCAAUGGAAAAUAUUCCAUUGAGUUCACUGGGCUGAGGAACCGGCAGACUGAGGUUAGCUGAAUUUUUAUACUCUGGUAUUUUUAAAGGAAAUGGCCUCCCUCUUUUGAACCUGUAAAUAUUUUUUUCACACUCUACAUGAGACCUAAGCUCUGCACCACUUAAGUCCCACUAAAUUAAUCAAUGUACAGGUUUUGUGCUGACCCUCAGCACAAAGAAGAAUGUCAUCCUUUAUAAAAUGUGAACACUAAUGGAUACUUUUUUCUUUUUUUAAUUAUGCAUCAAUAUUUUUUGUGCUUUGCUUUGUCCUGCCUUAGCACAUAAUGGACAUACUCUGUGUAAUGAGAGAAAAAAUGAAAACUGAAAUUAAAGUGUGUGUGUGUGUGCUGGCUUUUUGAAAUGUACUGUGAAUAAGUUGAUGGGGAAGAACUUCAGUGGGGAUUCACUAGUAAUUGAGUGUUUUGCUGAAUCAAGGCAUAAAGUGGAAGCUCCUUGCUUUCCUAUAUUGAGCCCUGCAGCAAACACGAAGCUCAGUCAUUUCUAACAAUUUUAGAAGAUUUGGUGACAUGGCGUGAAAUCUUGGCCCCGUUUAAGUCAGUCGCAAAACUCCCAUUGACUUUAAUGUGGUCAGGAUGUCACCAAUAGUCCCUGCCACUUAAGUCCAGGGCCCUGCACAAACACAGAGAUCAACCCAUUCACAUCACAUUGAAGGAUUGGAACCUAACAGACAGAAGAAGGUGGGAAAGGGAGAUGAAGGACAAGUGUUUCAGUAACAGGGUCAUAUGUUUACUAUGGGCAGCAUUUGUAUUGAUUGAUUAAUAUUGAUUAUUUUGCAUUGUAAUAAAAAUAGGGAAUUUUGGCUCCUAGGGGGAGGCUAAGAAAGGAUGAUCUAGUGGGUAGGCCAAUGGACCAGGACUCAAAACCUUGGCUAAAUUCCAAGCUCUGCCACAGAUUUCCUGUGUUACUUUGGUAAAACACUUAAUUUACUCUGUGCCUCAAUUUCCACUACCUCCACACCUCACUAGGAUUUUGUGAGGAUUAAAUCAAGUAAUGAUUGCGAGGUGCUCAGAAACUGAGGUGAUGGGGGCCAUGUAAGUACCUCAACAGAGAAGAAUUGGUGGCACAAUAGUGUUUUUAUUUUUUAUUACAGUUUGCUUGGGUGAAGCUCAUAUUUAAGAUGACUGUGCAUUAGAAUACAUCAAGCUUUUUCAGUUUGCUAACAAUUUAUAUAGUCUCAAGAAGAACACGCAAGUUAAAGCUGCACAAGGUGCUUAGUCUCAAACAGCAUCCAUAUUCCAUUAUUUAGAAAAAUUCUCUAGGUCUGCUAUAUGUACCUGAACAAAACUGCACGUUGUCAUGUUUACCUACAGAAAACCUGAUCCCAGUGGAAUCACAUCUCUGUUUGAUUUCAGUAGGAGCAGAUUGGGCAAAAUGAAGGAAAAACCAUACUCACAAGUGAAACAAAGGAAGAUGCAUUGGAAUAAGAAACUGCACAAUUUAUAGCAAAACAAUUUCUUGUUCACAAUCAUAAGGGCUAGAAUGAAAAGCAUAUCAGUACAAGCACAGUUCUUUAUGUCCCUGAAGCAUCACUAAUGAGCAAACUGGAAAAUACAAUCACAUUUCUAAUGAAAAAGAACAGGAAUUAGGAUGGAGAUUUGGGGCCCAGUCACACACUUGUUACUCAGGUAAAACUUCUGAUGAAAUCAGUGGGAUUUUCCCUGUGAAAGGAGUAAAGGACUAGUCCUUUUUAAGAAUGUAUGCUGAAUUCUGCGAGGUGGUGACAGUACAUUUUGAGU